CGCGCCAAUUGCCAUGACGCCGUCAUCCUCAAAGCACAAGCGACAGUCGUCAUCAAUCCAUCGCUCAUCUCUGGCCGCUCAAAAGACCGAAGUCAAGAUCCAUGUUUACGACCUGUUACCAAAACCANNGCCCGGUCGUCUCUCCAACCUUCUCUGGCACAUCGGCGGCUCUCUCCUACAUUCCGGCGUCGUCAUCAACGAACGAGAAUACGCAUACGGCGGCCACGAUCGCAAAGGUGUCAGCGGAGUAUACUGGACGAAACCAAAACUCGAACCCCCAGGCGGCACGUUUCGUUGCGAGAUAAUCCACGGCUUUUCUGUCCUGUCCCAAGAAGAAAUCACCGAUAUCAUCAAUGACACUUCAAGGAUAUUCCAGGGUACUCGGUACAAUCUGCUCAGCAACAAUUGCAAUCACUUCUCUUCGUAUCUAUGCGAGAGAUUGACCGGUAGACCAGGACCUGCGUGGCUGAACCGAGCUGCUAGCGUUGGUCUUGCCCUGCCCUGCGUGGUCCCUAAAGAAUGGAUCACACCACCCGAUCACGAAACCGCAGACGGAGAAUUGGUUGACGAGGAAGAGGAAGACCAUGACGACGAUGAGAGAGCAGCCAUGUUGCCGCGAGAUAAACGAAGGAAACGCGACCGAAUUAGCAAUCAGCGCAUUACUUCCAGAAACAAGACACCUCCACCACGACUUGUGUCUGUCAAAGACACCAGUGGCAGGNNGGAGAUGCCUGUCAGCGAGAGGGCACCGAUGCCUAAGAGA